ACUGAUUUCAGUAUGGCAGUCAUAAACCUCCUCGAACUGUUCCAGAAAGCACGUGGAGGACAGACACUGGGUUAAUGUUAUCGUAAACUUGUGGAACAAGAAAUGAGUGCUGGUGGAAAAUGCAUCGCUAAAAUGACUGUGUUUUUUAACGAAACAAUACCAUCGGAAGUUGUCACAUGUUUUUGUACACGCGCAUUACUAAGGUAUGGUGCUAUGCUUCAGUGUUCUGACAGCAAUUUGCAUUUGAUGGCUGUAGAUAUGUGUCGAAAAACGGUGCUUCCUAGCUUGAAAAUGGUUGGUAAAUCCCAUAAUCAACAAUUCUUGAGAGCAGAAAGAGAAGAGAAUCACUUUGUUUCAUAAAUAAUGAUUUACUCAUUUGCAGCUAAGCAGUAAUUUACAAUGCUCGAUUUCAAAAUACCCAUUUCAACAAUGUCUUAUUUUUAAUGUACAGUGAUAGAGACCUUUCGAAGUAUGUAAAAGGAGAAAAGAGAAUUUUAAAAGAAGAACAAAUAGCUGUCCAGGUUGAGGUAAAUAUCUAUUUUAUGCUGCAAUAGUCAAACAAGAUUACUGAACAGUAUGGAGUGUUGGUAGAUGUUCGGUCAUGAUCAUUUUCAGCAGGAUUCCUACACUUAAUAUCUUAAAGACAGCUAUAGCACUUGUGAGGAAAACUCUGAGUAAAUUUGUGGAAAUGUAACGAACUUUUUGCGAAUACAAAUUCCCCAGAACACUUUACAGAGAGUGUUGAAAUACAGUACAGACUUGUACCCCAAAAGCAUUUCAUGUGCAGAUGCUAUGAAUCAGAGUGCCAUUGCUAUUAAAAUAGCUCAUAAUAAUCUAUCAUCAUUUCCAAAUUUUUCUGGUUUUUAACUGUCCCAUGAAGCUUACUUGAAAUAAUCCUCACAUUUAAAUAAUAGACAUUUCUUUAAAUUGUUUAACCCUUUCACUCCCACAAGUGACCAGGACAGAACUUCUCCUUACAAUAUCAAUACAAUAUCAAGCAGGAAGGUGAUGAGAAUAGAGAAGAAUAUCAAUCAUGGGAUUAUUAGUUGAUCCAAUACCAAAUUCUCUGAACUAACAUCAUAAGAAUUGUAUGACAGAUAGUAAGGAGAAUUACUAAUUAGAUCUUAAGCCCUUUACACCUUGACAUCAGUAUAUGUAUUCCCAUAAUGUAUUUAAAAUAUUCCCUAUGAGACGAACAAGAAGAAUUUGCAUUUAAACCAGAGCCUUUUAAAAUGGUGGUCAUUUCCUUUAUUCUCAAAACCCUGAUUUUUGAUUCAACAAUGAUGUUUUGAGGAGAUUUUGGAUGCUAAUCACUCAUUCUUGAAUCAUUAACUCUGCAUGUACAAGACAAUGCAUCUUGAUGACAUCAAUGAAUCUGAUGAGACUCUGUUCCAAGAGCUAGAAUUAAUGAAGAAGAUGGGUUUGCCAACAUCUUUCUGUGGCAUGAGUUCUGAGAAAGAGGUUUGUACUCUUCAUGGCUUGUUAGUAAGCAUUCUUAUAGGAUUUGUGGCAUAAGCAGGAACUGAAGCCAAAGCUAUUACUCUAGUAUUUGACUACAAUUACAAUUUUUUUUUCAUGUUUCUAAUACAUUCAUCUCUUUGUCUUUGCAGUCUAUAUCAUGUAGGGAGACUAAGAGACAAAAGGGCUUAAGUAAAAGUAAAGAAAAUGAUGCUUUACCAAGGGAAAAACAAAUUACAAAGUUCAACAAAACAGACAGCAAGAGAAAGUGUGAAGCAAAUAAGCAAACAAGGAAUACUGCACUUCCUUCAGCAAAUUUUGAAAUUGAUGAAGGUUGCACAGGUCUGUGUAUACCAGAGCAGGAAACAGUAACUCCCCAUUGUUGCUCAGAUCUCCAUGAUGAAAGUCCAAUUCAAACGAAGAAGAAUUUGUUUGAAGACAUGGACAAUACCAAGUUCAAUGGAGGGAAAUUUUUGCAGGAGAACUCAAGUGUUACUGUGCCACCAUCGGAUGAAAUGUCGGAACACCAAGUUGAUAGAGAAUGUACCUGUUCACAUGAUUUUUCUGCGAAGUUCUUUUCUCAGGACUGCAUAGAGAAUCAAGAUAGUGCUCCUACUGAAAAUAUACCUGAAAGUCAAGUGGAAGAACAAAAUGAUUUACAGCUGGUGGAACAAUUAGAUAUCAGCAAAAGCAGUGAUUCUGAACAAGAAGAUGAGAGAAUGCAAACAACAGAGGGAACUUUUAUGCUGGAAACCCCUUGUGUUUUGAAUUCUGAAGAGAGUGGUACAGCUGAGCAAAGCCAACUGGUGUACCAACAGGAACAGGAUUCAAGUGCAAAAGCUACAGAUUCUCAGAAUAUUACAAUCCCUGUUCCUAUAACAAGUGUCCCAGAAGGUAGGAAAAGUCUUUUAGUAGUUGAACAAUCUAAUGGCAAAUUUGAAACUCAUACUCUUGAUGACACAGAGGAAAAGAAAACUCUCUCCUAUUCUCAUAAUUAUAAUCCCACAGAACAGGACAUCAGUUAUGACAGUGGCUGGGAACAGUAUUGGAAAAUAUAUGGUUACUCUUUGGUAUGGGAAAGCUGGAAAACAAUUUAUCCUAAAAUUGCUAGUGCUCAAAGUAAUAACUGUUUAACAGAUGAUGAAGAAGCAAGCUCUUCCAGUGAGGUCCAAAGUGAUACCCAAGCAAACACCUCACCGAAUGGAGAAAAAAAAGAAACAGAAGUAAACUCACUCUGGGAACAAAAUUACCAGGAUGUAUAUCAUUAUUACUAUGAACAGUACCACUGUUGGGCAAGUAAGGGUUACAGUUUUGAUGUUCAUUUAGAUCACUUCACAAGUGAUCCAGAUGAGUCUGUUACUACUUUUGAUGAAGACCAAGGCUGUGAUUCAGGAUUAGGAAAAGAGGAGGGUCACAGUUUCUAUAGUCAUUUAGAACACUCUGCAGGUGAUCCAGACGAGUCUGUUGCUCUCUUUGAUGAACACCAGGGCACUGUUUCACAUGGAUCUGGAAAAAAGCCAAGGAGGAAGAAGAAAGGCAGAUGUGGUGGGGCUAGCCACUCAGCAGCAAAGUCAACAGCACAUGCAGGCAGCAGGCUGCAACCACAGCAAGUUUCCAGGGGAAAGAGUGAAUCAUGUGAUGGAAAUGAACCACCACCUGAUGAGAAAUGCAAAAAAUUGAAAAGGGCCCACGAGUUGGAUGUGGAAGAAGAAAAUACCUUGAAAAUGAUUGUAAAAGGUUACUGUUACGAGUUGGAUGUGGAAUUAUUAUUAUUAAAUUAUUAUUUUUAAAGUCUUGAUUGGUAGUGAUUGCUAAUAGUAAUAGUAAUAAUAUUAGUAGAGAAAAAUGAUGGGAUUAUAGUUCAAGAGAUGUUAUCAUGAUUUUUUCUUUUCUUUUAACAGAUGUUUAGGUACAAAUUUAAUUCUUUUUAUUGUACAUAGGUCUUUUUAUGAGUAUUGCAUUAUUAUUAUUAUUAUUAAAUUAUUAUUAUUAUUAAAUUAUUAUUAUUAUUAUUAUUAUGUGGAAGACACAGUGGCAUAGUAGAUCGAGAGGUCUGGGUUCAAGACCUAAUUUCUCUUGACAGUAUCACCCUUCAAUCAAAAGUUACGGUCAUGAGAAUAAAGGAAAUUAUCACCAAUUUAAGAAGCUUCUGAUUGUCAAACAAAUUCUCCUUGUUAGAACCAUAGGAAUUGUAAAGAGAACAGUGUGGAGAAUAUGAGUGCUAAUGUUAGGGUGCACAGGGAUAGAAAUAAAGUAGCAAGAACAAGAAGGCAAAAACUUAAUUAAUUAAUUUUUUUGGUUCUGUUUUGUUUUGAAGGUAUCUCGCAAAUUACCUCUUAACACUUCCUGCUCUUCAACCUUAUCAAGUGUCCCUAGUGGAAGUGCCAAACUGAUAUUACCCGUAGAAGACCUUCAGACCAAGAACAAUUUUCUAAACUUGCACCAGGUGUCGAAAGUUCCCAAACCGAAAGGAAUACAUCUUAGAUUUGAAGAUGAAGAUGAUGAAGAUGAUGAAAUACAUUGUUUCACUCGAGAGGGUGAGAAGCCUUCACUACUUCAUGCUCAGGAGAAAUCACAAGAAGAAUCAGAAGAUCAGAGGGGUUUUAAACAUGACCAAGACACAGACACGGGCUGCUGUGUGGAUUUAAGAGGUCAAAUUGAUUCAAGUCCAGAUUCUAGUGGUAAAGAUCACACAAAUGCAGAUUUAAGCGGGAAUAGUGAUUCAAAUGUUAAUCUAAGCGAUAAAACCGAUUUAAAACCAGAGUUAUGUGAUUCACAUAUCGAUUCUAGCGGAAAAUCUGAUUCAAACUCGGAUGUUGGAAACAAUAUGAUGGAUCGUCAAGUUGACGCUGUAGACAACCAUAAUAAUGCUUGUAUUCGUUCAAAUGAUCACCGCAAAGUUUUCUUGAACCAGGACACUACUGAUGGUGUUAAGGUGAUAUCAGAUCCUCGGCAAGAUCCAGAAAUUGCCAAGUACUGGGCGCAGAGGUACCGCUUGUUUUCGCGAUUUGACAAAGGUAUCAAAAUGGACAAAGAGGGUUGGUUUUCUGUGACUCCCGAGCGCAUAGCUAAGCAUAUCGCAGAACGGUGUCGUUGUGACCUUAUCGUGGAUGCAUUCUGCGGAGUGGGCGGAAAUGCAAUUCAAUUUGCCUUCACCUGCGAACGCGUCAUAGCAAUUGACAUCGACCCUGUAAAGGUCGCCCUCGCUCAUCACAACUCCACAGUGUAUGGAGUGGCAGAUCGGAUUGAGUUUAUUUGCGGUGAUUACACGAGGCUGAUACCGCGCUUGAACGCUGACGUGGUGUUUCUGAGCCCGCCAUGGGGCGGACCUAACUAUACCAGCGCAGAAGUGUUUGACAUUCGAACUAUGAUAACAUUGGAUGGCUUUAGACUUUUUGAAGCAACCAAAUCGAUCACGGAGAACAUUGCUUAUUUCAUGCCUCGUAACGCCGACAUCGAACAACUGUUAUCCCUUGCUGCUCCAAGUGGUAAGGUGGAAAUUGAGCAGAAUUUUCUAAACAAGAAAUUAAAGACAAUUACUGCAUAUUAUGGAGAACUGGUGGAAGAAGUAUUUUAA